AUGGUGUCUCCGUCAAUGCAGCUGGCGUCAUUGUCGCGCAGGUCGCUCACAAUGCGGUCGCAGCUGCUGACCAGAACCACCCAGCCAUUGAGGACCAGCGUGCUCUCGCGAUCUCCUCUCCAGUCGUCCUUCCGCAGGACUUACGCGGAUGCUGCCAUCCCAGAAGCCCCCAAGCCUCGCAGACGCUUCAGAUUCCUGCGAUGGGCCUGGCGGUUGACCCUGCUUACGGGUCUGGGUCUGACGGGCACGGUCGCUUACAGCAUCUACGAGCUCCGUCACCCGGCUGAGCAGAUCGAACCCGAUCCCAGCAAGAAGACUCUGGUUAUUCUCGGAACGGGAUGGGGUGCCGUCUCGCUGUUGAAGAAACUCGACACGGAAAACUACAAUGUCAUCGUCAUCUCGCCCCGUAACUUCUUCCUGUUCACUCCCCUGCUGCCCUCUUGUACGACGGGUCUGAUCGAGCACCGCUCGAUCAUGGAGCCUAUCCGGAACAUCCUCCGUCAGAAGAACGGCCGAGUCAAGUACUAUGAAGCAGAGGCUACCAAGAUUGACGCUGAGAAGCGCGUCGUCUACAUCAGCGACGACUCAGAAGUCAAGGGCGAUGUGUCCCACACCGAAGUGCCCUUUGACAUGCUCGUCGUCGGAGUCGGUGCGGAGAAUGCUACUUUCGGCAUCCCCGGUGUGAAGGAGCACUCGUGCUUCCUGAAGGAGGUCGGUGACGCCCAGAAGAUCCGCAAGCGCGUUAUGGACUGCGUCGAGACGGCUAUCUUCAAGGACCAGACCGAUGAAGAGGUCAAGCGUCUGCUGCACAUGGUCGUGGUUGGCGGUGGUCCCACCGGUGUCGAGUUCGCCGGUGAGAUCCAGGACUUCUUCGAGGAGGACCUGAAGAAGUGGGUUCCCGAGAUCAAGGACAACUUCCACGUCACCCUGGUCGAGGCUCUCCCGAACGUUCUUCCCAUGUUCUCCAAGCAGCUGAUCGACUACACUGAGUCGACCUUCAAGGAAGAAUCGAUCACCAUCCGCACCAAGACCAUGGUCAAGAACGUCACGGACAAGUUCAUUGAGGCUGAGGUCACCAACCCCGAUGGCAGCAAGGUGCUCGAGAAGAUCCCUUACGGUCUGCUCGUCUGGGCCACCGGUAACGCCGUCCGCAGUGUCGUGCGCGACCUGAUGAACCAGAUCCCCGCCCAGAAGAACUCCCGUCGCGGUCUGGCUGUCAACGAGUACCUGGUCGUCAACGGAACCGAGAACAUCUGGGCGGUUGGUGACUGCGCCGUGACCAACUACGCCCCCACCGCCCAGGUGGCCAGUCAGGAGGGUGCUUUCCUGGCCCGUCUGUUCAACACCAUGGCCAAGACGGAGGCCGUUGAGAACGAGCUCAAGGUCCUCUCCGCGGAGCAGGCCCAAGCCAAGACCGAGGAGGACCGCAACCGUAUCUUCGACUUGAUCAAGGAGCGCCAGAGACAGCUGCGGAGGACCAAACAGAUCGGUCCGUUCCAGUACUCCCACCAGGGAUCCCUGGCGUACAUUGGAAAGGAGCGUGCCGUUGCGGAUAUCAGCUGGCUGAGCGGCAACAUCGCUAGUGGCGGAACCAUGACCUACCUCUUCUGGCGCAGUGCUUAUCUGAGCAUGUGCUUUAGCACUCGGAACCGUGUGCUCGUCGCUCUCGACUGGACCAAGGCCAAGCUCUUCGGCCGUGAUGUCUCCAGAGAGUGA